AUGAGCUCCAAAGUCUUAGGGCCUGCGCCAACGCAGGACAAGAGAGUUUCCUGCGUCUACCGCUCGAACCGAUCGCCACACCAGCUCCGUUUCUCCUUCCGACGGAAAGUUGUGAGGAAAUAUGGCCGGCACGAGUCUUCACUCACACAAAAGCAGCAGAUGCUAACGCAAAUCGAAUGUGUCGUACCGUCUUCACCAAGUCUGCGCAAAACGAAACUAUUCGGGAAAGAGCUGAAAUUGACUGCCUGUCGUGAUGACCACGCAAGCAGUUUCCCAGCGAGCAGUGCAGAGGAGGAGAACACAAGUCGAGAUAGCUCCGGCCGCAAGCAGAAUAAACGACGACAGAUACUGCAAAAAUCUAUCGACAGGACACUGGCGAACACUUCUUACCACACUCAGACAUUAACCCAACUCAUCUCUAAAAAUACACUCCUAGCCUCUGAUGUUGAUGACGACGUCUACAAUUGCGAACUCCAUACUACGAUCCAAGAUUCUGACGACGAUAAUAUUUGCCCUCUGCUUCCAUCCGGCACAACGUCAAGACAGGCAUUGCUAUCUCCACGGCAGCAAUUGGAAGUCGUCGAGAUGACGCCCUCUAAGCCAAACGCAAAUGUUACAAACGCAAUCUCAAAUUCGUUGCUAUUCACACCCAAGGCAACACGAACAGAGAUUCCAUCGUCCCAGCCCAGCCCGUUUACUCCAGUGUGGCCUCCUGGGCGCCACAUGGCCUCCCAAGCCUCCUCUCCCAUUUCUCGAAUCCGGCAAAACUCGACUAGUCCUACUCCAUCAGGACCAAAACGGGAUUUGGUGUCUAACGAUAUAAAAGCAAGUAACGUUUCUAAACGACGUAGGAGGGCAUUGCCAAACUCGCUCUUCGUGUCAGAUCUUCGCAAUUACAACGGAGUGGCGCAACAGGCUAUUACCUUUAUGGAAACGACAGAAAAAUCUGGACGGCUACAACCCGACAAAAGCUGUACGUCCAUGGGUAUCGAGGAUGUCUUCCAAUCUCUGCCUGUAACUGCACCCUCUUUGAUUUUCGCUCCAAAUCGACAGUCAAUAGAGGGAGGCAGAACAGUCGCAAGUACUUCAGGAGAGAUUUCUGAUAGCGACGAAGAAGGAUGCCGUUUGUCUGGCCCCUGCAUCCCAAUAAAACGGUCGGUGCCAAGACCGCGGCCCAACGCCCGGCUCGGUAGCAAGUUUGGUGACCAUUGUGGUAACACUAUACGGCAUUUGGGCUCGCCGCUGGUCGCUCACCCGCCACCGCCAGAUACGGUAGCAGCCAAGCCCAUAUCUGUCCUAAAAUUAAGGCGCGCUGCUGGUGCUGCCACAUUAUUUCGAAGAGGCGUCGAAACGGAAGUGACUCAAGCUUGGCCAAACUGUGAGACGUCGAGCUCGCUCACGGCCACGGACCGACCCACAAUGUCAUCCACCAGCGGCCAAGAUUCGAACCUGCCAGUAGAUGACCAGCAAUAUAGCCAGGCUUUGGAGAGUCAACGGAUUCCGCUAGAGACAAUUCGCUCCUUGGGCCCCCAAACUGACCGGACCGACAUCAUCAUCUCCAUUCACCCUGAACAAAUCCGGAAGAUCGUCAUGGGGGACAAAGAUCACGAGUUUCGAAAUUUCAAACUCCCUCACACAGUCAGUCGCUUUUGGAUGUAUGCCACGCGACCAGUUUGCGAGCUACAAUACAUGGCUGUAGUUGCAGCUGGAUUCAAGCAACCCGGCGGUAUCAACAGCGAUGGCGGUGUUGGCAAUGCCGAGUUCAAUGCCGGGAAGCUAGUGGCCAAAUUUGCAUACAAAUUAGUCCAGGUGUACCAAUUGAACAACCCUGUGUCCCUGGACGUGAUGCGAAAAAAUGGAUGGGCAGGACCCCCUCGACGGUAUGACUACUUGUCUCCAGCCAUAGUUGGAUCUCUUCUGAGCAACCUGCGUUGUGCUAUUUUCGAGGAGACUGCCAGGCCAGGCCUUGAGAGUGGAGAGAAUAGUUGUGAAAGCAACGAGGCCCGUGGCAACUGUGGUGAGAUGCCCAUAUCCCAGAAAAUUGAAGCGCAGCUUUCAAGUGAUAGAGCUGAAACUCACGAAGGCUGUCUCCCGAGCGACCGGAGCCAGCCUAAAGCACCCGACGCCUUUCAAACCUACAGGCGUCGAACGACACGUGGCUGUCAGAUUGCUAUGAUCCGAGACGGGUCUCCGGCCAAGAACCGUGCAAUGCCACCAAACACCCCAAGCUCAGCAUGGUCCUCUCAAGCAACAACUGCCACUACCGCAUCGGGCCCUGAUUCCUUCUUUACGGGGAGCACACUACCGAGACCAGUUAGCAAGUUGGAAAAGUUGUCAAAUAAACAGCGGAAGCAGAUGUCGAUGCAAACUGCUGGCAUGUAUGCAAACGAUGUAACGCAGGACAUCUUACCUGACAGCCUCUAUGAGGAAGUACGUCAGGCACCACCUAUUGUUAUCGAGGAGUCGGAGGACUCAGGAAAGGAAUAA